CCGCCGAGAAGGGACAACAACAAUGAGGACCAUUUGUUGCAAUUUGAGAACAGGCAGUUCACGUACACGGAGUUAGAGAUAAUAACGAAUUACUUUGAGCGAGAAAUAGGCAGAGGAGGAUUCGGGAAGGUCUAUGAUGGCUUCUUGGAGAAUGGUACUCAAGUUGCGGUGAAGAUGCGCUCUCAGUCAUCUCAUCAAGGAGUAAAAGAAUUUCUCUGUGAGACCCAGCACUUAACAAGGGUUCAUCACAAGAACCUGGUUUCGCUGAUUGGCUACUGUAAGGAUGGAGACUACCUGGGACUUGUUUAUGAGUACAUGGCUGAAGGGACCCUCCAAGAACAUCUGAGAGGUAGAACUUCUGGAGCUAGACCUUUGACAUGGGGACAGCGGCUCCGAAUUGCAUUAGGUGACAAUGCAAUGAUAAUCUAG